AUGGACCACUUUGGUGAGCCAUCUUCGGUGCCGCAACCAUCGCCGGUUGUAGCCGCCGCCGCCGCCGCCGCCCCCGACCUUAAUAGCAACGUCGAGGGCAACAACCAAGAGGAUUGGGGUGCGAAUUCUGCUUUCGCUGGUACUGGCUUCGGGGGGGAAGAGGAUGCGGAUAUAAACAGACGGCCAUCGAUGGUAAGACUAUUACUGAAGAACUCAGUAGUACACUUUGAGGAGGAGACGGAAGGGGCGCCUUCUAGUCUGGCGGAAAUGUGUAGACAGCGGAGUCAAAGUGAUAUGACGGCUAAUAAGACCGAUGCAUCAGUUCUGAUAGGGGAGUAUGAUCCUGCUACACAAGAGCUGCAGUAUGUUAAUCCUUAUAGGAUUGAUGAUGCUUUUGGUAAUGAUGGUGGCUUUAAUCUAGGCCCCUUCCCUUCUUAUCUACCCGGGGCAUCUAGGCGUAAACCGCAACAUCAGCCGGGGCUAGAAGGUAUAGAAGAAGUUAAUGAUGAUGAUGAGGAAGAGGGCCUAUUAGGCUCAUGCCCCUCACCUGAACCGGCUUCUGCCAGUAUGCUUGCUCAGUUAGGUGGAUUGUUAGUGAGUUCACCAUUCGGAGCAACAGUCCAAGAUACCCCUUCUACUUGUGUGCCGGAGUCACUUCCAGCACAGCUCUUCGCGGCCUCAGGACCAUACAGCCAUGAGGACCUACCUCAGCAGCAGCAGCAGCAGCAGCAGGAGGAGGAACAGCAAGAAGAGUCGACCUCGCCUCAAAAGAAGUUGCAGUCGAGCCAGAAAGGAGUCUCUUCUGGGCCCAGAGCUAAUACGCAGCAGCCUGUGAGGAAAGGUGGAGGACCGAUAAGACACAAUAGGGAGACUACCCCUCAUGAAGGGCCGAAUACGACGGUUAUGUUCCGCAAUAUCCCUAAUAGAUUCUCACCUGAGGCUCUACGCGAGGUUAUCAGGGAUAAGGGCUUCGCUAUGAGUAUGGAUUUCUUCUAUAUGCCGAUGGACUUCCAAAAUCAGUGCAAUCUCGGAUACGCCUUUAUCAACUUUGUCAAUGUGGAGGAGCUUGAGAAAUUUAGUCGGGAAUUCCAUGGGCAGAAGUUACCUUUAUAUAAGUCCCAUAAGGUAUGCGAAGUGUGCCCAGCCAGAGUGCAAGGAUUGAAGGCCAAUGUUGAUCAUUUCCGCAAGUCUGCGGCACGUGGUACUAUCCCCGAUGAGUACAAGCCGGUCUGCUUCCGCAAUGGUCUCAUGGUGCCCUUUCCCCCACCAGAGAGGUCCUCUCAUCGCACAUCGGUGAGUAGUAGCAGUGGGUAUGGUGAGGAUCAUAGGAGAACUUCUAAAAGCUCUACUUAUAGUACUGGCAGCAGCGGGCGUGGUGAAAAUAGAGCUAGCGGAAUGCGUGUGGAGUCGUAG